CGAUACACAAAGCAAAACGAAAACCGAGCCAAGCCUAACCAUUAUCCCUCGUUCUUAUCAUCUUCUCCCUCGUUUCUCUCCUCCAUACUUUGAAUUUGUAUUCCCAGUAUAUAGCUAUGGUUCUUAGCUGACUUUUAUUUUCUCCUCUACAACGAAUCUAAACCGAAGGACCCUUUUGUCUAAAUUAUAGUUUCCCUUAUUUAAUAUAUAUGAUACAGCGAACAAGAAGAUAAGAUGAAGAAAUAAAGGACGAGUGAAGAGUGGAAGAAUAGAGAAUUGUUUUUGAUAUUUUUCUUUAGUAGCUUCUCAUUGAAUAUAUAAAUAUCUCCCUUUUAAUCCAUUGUAAAAGUCAUAACGUAACAGGUUACUGACCACCAAGUUAGGCCCACCUAUUCUGAAAUCUCACUAAUGCUAUCUCGGUUACCCACAAUUUGUUCGUAACGAAAAACAUGGUUGGUAUUUUUUCCAGAUUUUCUGUUGGCAGGUCUGCCCAUCGACGCUCCAAGAGUGCUUUUGUGGAAACCAAUGUUAUGCCCCAAAAUGCCGAUUUAGUUGAUGCUGCUACUGCUACUGUCCAUGGAAUUGAAGUAGCAGUUGAGUUCAAGCCUGUCGAAUGUCCAACCGAGCCUUUGGACAAUGACCGACCAAUUCAGUGCCCCCUACCUGAACCUUCAAUUCUAAACGAUGGAAGGAUCUGGAAGGAGCGAGUGUCGGCUAAUGUAAGGAGAACUGAGUUGCCAGUUAUGAAGGACGGAGGCACCCUUGAAUCUGAGGCUACUGGAAUGAAACCCCAAGCAACCCGCUCGAAUCGCUUGAUUUUACCGUCUCUAAGUGCCCCGGAACAUAAUUUAUUGAAUCUCCUUGAAGAAUGCAAUGCAUCUGGGAUCUAAAGUCUGGUAUCAAAUGUUGAUUAGAGCUCAACUUGGAAUAAUUUGCAUCAUAUAAGUUCAAGGUGUUUUUAUUAUAUGUAGAUCAUGAAACUGUUACCCUCACAUGUACUGGAUGAAAUCUUUCAUUAUUUGUAUUUAUUUCAUUUGUUUCAACACCUCUGCAAUGAGAUUGUCAUAAGUCAGUUCAAGUA